UUCUUUUCAAAUGGAACACGACUAUUGGAGAAACGUGAACUUGAGCAUCAAACUGAAUCGUUGGUUACUGAAACCAAUUGGUGCCUGGCCAAAAUUCAGCCAUAUUUCAAUCAUCGAAAAAUACUUUACCUGGAUUAAAAACGCCGUUUGUUAUUUUCUGAUAAGUUACCUGUUUGUGCCUUGUUUGACUUUUCUGAUCCUCGAGGUAAACGAUACUUACACCAGGAUCAAAUUGGUCGGUCCUUUAAGCUUUUUCUUAAUGUCGUUCAUGAAGUAUUACCUGUUAAUACUUCAUAAGAACGACGUUCUGAAGUGUGUGGAACAGAUCCAAUGGGACUGGAAGAAUAUUCAAAACCUGGAUGAAAGAAAAAUGAUGAUGAUCAAUGCGAAGUACGCACGAAGAUUGAUCAUCAUUUGUACGUUCUUCAUGUAUAGUUCUUUCGUGUUUUACUACGUCGCCUUGCCGAUUAGCUUGGGAAAAAUUCCAGCGGAGGAUGCGAAUUUUACGUUCAUCCCGUUGCCGUUUCCUUCCUCGCGACACAUCGUCGAUUAUCGUCAAAGUCCUAUCAAUCAAAUCUUCUUCAGCACCCAAUGUCUGGCCGGUGUCGUGAUGCACGCUGUCGCAGUUGGAGCUUGUAGCUUGGCUGCAACCUUUGCUGUACACGCUUGCGGACAAAUGGAGAUUUUAAUGAACUGGUUGCAUCAUUUGAUAAACGGACGAGAGGACUUGGAUAAAACUUUGAACGGCAGGAUUGCGAGUAUCGUGGAACAACAUGUUCGGAUAUUAAAAUUUUUGGCACUCACGGAAAAAGCGCUCCAACAAAUAUCCUUCGUAGAAUUUUUAGGAUGCACAAUGAAUCUGUGUUUGCUUGGAUAUUAUAGUCUUAUGGAAUGGAAUUCAAAAGAUAUUGCUUUUUUUCUGACUCACAUGGUAUUAGUCACAUCAUUUGGUUUCAAUAUUUUCAUAUUCUGUUACAUCGGCGAGCUUGUGGCUGAGCAGUGCAGAAGAGUUGGCGAGGUGUCGUACAUGAUCGAUUGGUAUCAAUUGUCAGGAAAUAAAAAGCUUUGCUGCAUCCUGUUUAUCGCAAUGUCCAAUUCGUCCAUGAAGCUUACAGCUGGAAAUAUGGUUGAAUUGUCUAUUAGCACCUUCAGUGAUGUUGUCAGAACAGCAGCAGGAUUUUUCAACAUGUUGAGAGCAUUGACAUGAAUCUUUCAUGCAGUACAAUGUAGUUUAAG